CUCUAGUAGAUCAUACGCCUCAAACUUUCUUUCCUUAACACAUAAACUUUCUCCGGUUGCAAAAAUCAAGAAUCCCCCCAUAUCUCUCAUUCAACUCUUCAUCUUUUUCUUCUUCCCGGAAAAGAAAAAGCAAGAAAAUUCUGAAACCUGUCGAAUUCAGAUUCACCGCUGCUUUCAAAAAAAAAAAAAAAGAAGAAGAAGAAGAAAAACCCAGUUCAGUCCGCCAUGUCAGACUUGGAAUUCUUCCUCUCCCUUCUUCCAUUGAUGUUUGCUGCAAUUCUCACUCUCAAUCUCUUCAAGAGAAGCCGCCACCACCGCCGCCAGGGCCGUCUCAAUCUCCCGCCGGGGAAGAUGGGGUGGCCAUUUCUGGGGGAGACCAUCGGCUACUUGAGGCCCUAUUCAGCUACCUCAAUCGGACACUUCAUGGAAGAUCACAUAUCAAGGUACGGGAAGAUAUUCAAGUCGAAUCUGUUCGGGGAGAAGGCGAUAGUGUCAGUGGAUGCAGGGAUGAACAGAUUCAUUCUGCAGAACGAAGGGAGGCUGUUCGAGUGCAGUUACCCAAGCAGCAUCGGAGGGAUUCUGGGGAAAUGGUCUAUGCUCGUGGUUGUGGGAGAGAUGCACAGAGACAUGAGGGCCAUUUCCCUCAACUUCUUGAGCAAUGCCCGCCUCAAGACCCAACUUUUGAGUGAAGUGGAGAAGCACACUCUGUUUGUUCUUGCUUCUUGGAGCCCAGAUUCUGUCAUUUAUGCCCAGGAUGAAGCCAAGAAGUUCACGUUUAAUUUCAUGGCGGAACACAUCAUGAGCCUGGAGCCUGGGAAUCCGGAGACAGAGAGGCUGAAGAAAGAGUAUGUGACUUUCAUGAAAGGGGUGGUCUCCCCGCCAUUGAAUUUCCCAGGCACUGCUUACAGGAAAGCCUUGCAGUCGCGAACAAGGAUUCUUGAAUUCAUCGAGGCGAAAAUGGAGGAGAGGGAGAGGGAAGGAGAUGGGGGAGGAGCCGGAGGGGAUGAUGAUCUUCUGGGAUGGGCGAUGAAGAAUUCGAGUCUUUCGAAGGAGCAGAUUCUUGAUUUGGUGUUGAGUCUGCUGUUUGCUGGACAUGAGACUUCAUCUGUGGCCAUUGCUCUGGCCAUCUACUUCUUGCAAGCCUGUCCCAAUGCUGUUCAACAGCUAAGGGACGAACACAUGGAAAUCCGGGAAGCGAAGGAGAAAAGUGGAGGGAAGGAAUUGAGUUGGGAAGACUACAAGAAGAUGGAAUUCACACAUUGCGUUGUGAAUGAGACGUUAAGGCUAGGGAAUGUGGUGAGGUUUCUGCAUAGAAAAGCCAUCAAAGACGUCCGCUAUAAAGGGUAUGACAUUCCAUGUGGAUGGAAAGUGCUCCCAGUUAUAGCAGCGGUGCAUUUGGAUCACACACUUUUUGACCAUCCUCACCAUUUCAAUCCAUGGAGAUGGCAGCAGAACACGGACGGUAGUGGGGGUAGUGCACCACCAUCCAUGGCGGCGGCGAUGAACAAGAACUUCAUGGCGUUCGGCGGAGGGCCUCGGCUGUGCACCGGAUCGGAACUGGCCAAACUCGAGAUGGCCGUCUUCCUCCACCAUUUAGUCCUUAACUACGAUUGGAAACUCGCCGAGUCCGACCAGGCUUUCGCCUUCCCUUUUGUCGAUUUCCCCAAGGGCUUGCCCAUCACCAUCUCCCGCCGCACCUCUUCCCCCGCCACCACCGCACUUCCAUCUCACGCCGCCGCUGCAAGUAGGGAUUAAUUGUUGAUGUAUAUAUAGCAGCACAUGAAGCACCAGCCAACUUAUAUAUUUAUAAUAUACUUAUUAUACACAU